AUGGACAAGCUCCCAUGGCGUACUACAUCGGGAGGAAAGAAGGGGCCGUUCACUGUGGACGGCGGCGGGGGGCAGGCGAGUAGGGGAAACACCAGGGGGCCAGAGAGAUCCCCCUCGAGACAACAAUCAAACCCUCCUACCCCUGCAAUGUCGCCUUCCAUUCCGAUCAACAGACACAGUUUCCCAUAUCCACCCCAGGCUUACCCAGCUUUCCCCCAAUCGUCUAGCUUUGGCAAAAGCGGUUCUUUCCACGGCAAUGACCAUCACUCGUCUAUGUCUACCACUCCCACGCCCAUGACCCCUAUCGAAAUCACCACCGCGCAGCUGCGAAACAGCUACCACCAGGGAACCCACCAAUCCACGUCCCGGAGUAAGCGCAACAGCCACCUGGUGUCUACCACCCCCAUCGAACCACCUCCAUCCCCUUGGAGCGGUGGUCUUUUCGGGCAGAGCGACAAUGAUGCGUUUGACUGGUCUAGUCUGCCUAGCUCUGCUAGCUGGCUGCCGCCCCAGCAGAAUAAACAAAUCAACAACGACGAGCCGCUCGACCCAUCCAUCUUUGCCAGCCUUGCACAAAUCGUUGAAAGCCAAAGCCAAAGGGCGAAUAUGGCUUCGACAGACAUGAUGAACGUGCUCGAUACGACAUCACCGAAAUCUUCUGGCGGGGCGCACUCGCACUCUUCCGGCGUUAGUCUCUUGAACCGCCGGAUGCAGCAUCAGCAAGGCAACCACGCCAAUGGCGACCAUAUACCUGGUAUUCUCGCCGAUCCUGCGAGUUUGGGGGCUUUCCCUGGGUCUCCGCAUAGCUACAACCACGUUAGUUUUGCCCACCCUGGCGGCAAAAACGGCAAGGGGGCAGCCAACGGCCAACCCCUCACCCCUUGGCCGUUGUCGGAACGCGCUCAGGGUGAGACGCCGGCCACCACCCCGGGCGGCAGCGAGUCGUGGGUCAACAGCCCAAAGGAGGCAGGCUUCUAUGGGUCCUCAUGGCAACAAGAAGCGUCCCUCAGGCCCGAGUCGCAGGGCUCACGCCAUCGACCUAUCGCUCCCCGCCGCAAAGAGGCACCACAUUACCCUGCUCCCACUGGUAGCAAGCCAGGCAGUGUUGGGCACUCUAGACACGCGUCGAGGGCGGGAUCAGAGGCGGUCCCCGAAACACCGCUGCCAGCAGGGGUGGAGCUUCCUGAACUGCCUCCUCUACCCGAUGGACUGUCGUUGGAGCAUCUCGCACAGUAUGGAGCUGCCGGUCUGGAGAUGGCGUUGAGGAUGGGUAUGGGGAUCGGAAUGGGUCUGGGACAGCCAAAGCCAGAAGAUCAGCAGCAAUGGCCUCUACCUUCUACCAAUGCUCCGACACCCUCGUCGUCGCAGAACGCGCCCUCUCCCGCAGACUCCAAAGGCCGAAAGAAUUCCAAUGUCCUCCAAAACAUUUUGGAAGACGAUUUCCUCGGCGGCCGUGUUCCUUCGACUCCUCUCAUGAGCCCUCCUCUCAACAUCGACGUCGCUUCUUUCCCAGUCACACGCAGACCCUCACAAAGUGACCUUGCCAGCCCCACUCUUCCUCCCCUUGGUUCCCCCGACGAAAUGGCCAAGAAGGAUCCGCUGGCGGCCCAAGUAUGGAAGGCGUAUGCCCGGGCUAGAGAAACACUUCCCAACGGUCAGCGUAUGGAGAAUUUGACUUGGCGUAUGAUGCACCUCACGUUGAAGAAGAAGGAAGAGGAAGAAAAGCUGGCGAGGGAGGCGGAAGAGAGAGAAAGGGAAGAAAGGGAGAAGGAGGCGGCGCAGAAGGCUGCUAAGGAUGAAUUGCCGCCUAUGGAAGAGAGACGAGGGCGGUCAAAGGGCAAAUCAAGAAUUGUUGGGUUUGCUGGCGCAACGGGGUCGAGCUCUCAAUCGCCAAACGGUAUGGACAUUGACUGGCGAGCCGCCAGCCGAUCUCGUUCACGCAUACCUAUGGAUAUUGAUUGGCGAGCAUCCUCUAGGUCUCGCUCUAGAUCUGCGGCACCUUUCCACAACAUCUUCAGCGAGGCACACGCCCACAGCCUUCUCGCCUCCGGGGGAACCCCGACCGCAGAGAUGGGUCAGUACAUGACUGGUAAUGGCAGUUGGAACGUGGAGGCCUCCGGCAAUGAUUCUCAUGGUUCCCAAGGACAACGUCACGCGCACCGUCAACACGCUGUCUCACUCCCUGCCAACCACCAUUCGAUCAUGGAGGCUAUGGGAAUGUCAGCAGAUGGCAAGACGGGCGAAGAGGAGGCGUUCGGCGCCUCGCACCAGUCGCAGAAGGCUAUGGAGCACCUCCAAAUGGCGUUGGCGAGCGAGCAGAGUCCAAACAGUCAAGCCUACAAUCUGCCGGGAAUCAGCGGGCCCGGGCUGUACUCCAACACGGAGGAGAAUUACCAUCCUCAAUUCGGAUUCCUCCCUCGGCGAGUCCGAAAAACAUCGUUUGACCAUACUCUCAAACGAGUCGACGAAGACGAAAGCUUUACAUCCCCUUCAUCCAACCCGCGAAAGCGCCAAGCCGAGCAUUCGCCUCGAGACGGUGCCAACAAACCUUUGCCAGAGGGCGAUACCGGUUUUCCUUCGUCCAACUUUACUUUCAGCUUCCCCCAAUCCUACGAAAACUUCUUUGAUCUCAAUGCUGCCAGUGGUACGCCUUCUGUCAGUGGCGAGCAAGGCCAAAAUGGCGAAGGGGACGUCGAUCUUGUUGAUUUUGCAGAGUGGGCUAGUCAACCCGUCACUACCGGUACUUCUGCUUUCGGUUCCCCAUCUGCUUUCAACAAUGUCGAACCUGGCAUGUCGCUCCCCGCCAUGCCUCAGGCUACUGGCGACAACCCCUUCGACUUCCAGCAAUUGAUGCACCUCUACCUGAACGCCAACUCUUCUGCCAGCCCGUUCACGCACAUCAACCCCAACCAAGUGUCGGGCGGCGGUAGCAGCCAAGGACAUACGCCUGGCAACGAGUUUUCGCCGAGCGCCAUCUCGCCUGCGAGCGGGGCGCCUACACCCGGUAGCAACUCUGGUGCUGCCAUCCGGCCGAUGCCCAAAGCAGUGGGAGGUAGGCCCGUCGAGCAGAGCAAUAUGGCGCCCCCCAACAGAUCGAACAGUACCCCUCACCUUGCUGCUCUCAAGACUUCGGGUUCCAACAGGUCGUCUCGUAACAAGGGCGAUUUUGCAGGACCUUCGAAUAAGAGUAGCAAGAACAAUGGGAACAGCAAGGAGGCGAGCGUUUCGAGGUCUGGCCAAGGUUCGCCAGAGGAUGAGGAUGGGGGACCGGGGUCAAUCAUGUCCAACGGAGAAAAUCCGACCAUGUGUACCAAUUGCCAGACGACAAACACCCCGUUGUGGCGAAGAGACCCCGAAGGUCAGCCGUUGUGUAACGCUUGUGGCUUGUUCUACAAAUUGCAUGGUGUUGUGAGACCGUUGUCCCUCAAGACAGACGUCAUCAAAAAGAGAAACCGAGCCAACCAAGGCAAGGAAACCGGUCCCAGUCGCAAGGGCAGCGUUGCACCGCCAAAGAAUGUGUCUGCUCCACCAAAACCUUCUUCGCCUAGCGCCACGACAUCCAGUGCCGCGGGCGGUGGUGGCAAAAAGGCCAGGCGGACUUCUCUGGGCGGGUCAUUACCGAACGAUUCAUCUCAACUGCUCAGCAUGUCCUCCCAAUAA